AUGGCUUCAGAUGAAGAUUCAGGUUACUACCUCCUUGAUGUUGAUGAUGAUGUGUGGUACCGUUCAGUUGGUAAAUUCAUUGCCUUAGUCCUUAUGGUUGUAGUCGUCAUGUUAAUCUAUUUUUAUGCGUGGAGGACUUGCAGACGCCACAGAAGAGAAGCUUCUCAGCCAUCCAUUAAUGUUGUCUCAACAGCCUCACAAGUGGUGCAGCACUCUCUCCAUCUAUCGGUCAUUGCUUCACUGCCCACCUUCGUCUACAAUCCACCCCACCAGCUCCAGAACAGCACUGACACCGUAGUAGAAUGUGCGGUUUGCUUGAGCAAAUUAGAGGAAGGAGACAUGGCCAGGCUUAUACCUACCUGUAAACAUAUCUUCCACUUGCAAUGCAUCAAUAUGUGGUUGAGCUCUCACUCCACAUGCCCCUUGUGCCGUUCUGCUGCACAAGCCUCCACCACUGCUCAGCCACAUCAUGAACCAUCAUCUAUGGGUCCCCAAUUGGAUUCAUUUAGCCCUUCAACACCAAGUAAUUUAGAGAGUACAUCUCAUGAUGCUUCUUCACAGACGUCCAAGGAGGAUGCCUAG